GCACUCCGUCCGGUACUGUGUUGAUUCACUAGAGGGCACUAAUCCAAGGCAGCGGAUAGUAUGGGAACAACUUGCGAGAGGAGGCCAUUCACUAGCCUGUUUUAGCUACACACACCUAGCUACUCUUAGCUAGCCGGCGGCUAACCAGCGAGCUAAAACAUCAGUUUGUCUUAAUGUCGCCUGUCUUACCAAGUGAUGGCAAGAGAACAGUGUUCACAAAUCGAAGCUGAACUCUAUUACCUCAUUGCCAGAUUUCUGCAGUCUGGACCAUGUAAAAAAGCCGCAAAGAUCCUGAUCGAGGAGCUGGAGGAGUAUGAGUUGGUCCCGCAACGAUGGAGUUGGGACGGGAAGAAAUACAAACGGAACUUCCAAGAUUGGGUGGUGUUGAACCAGCACAUUCCUGCAGACUAUUUGCUCAGGAUUUGCCAGCGGAUAGGCCCACUUAUAGAAAAGGAGAUCCCACCUUGUGUUCCUGGAGUCCAGACACUUCUGGGGCUGGGACGACAGUCCUUGCUUCGCACCAGCAAAAGUGAGCAUAUUCCUGUUUUUCUAUGAUUUUUUUAAAAUGUAUUUAUUUUGUGCUUUUCAUUAGUACCUACUCGGAUUAACUCACAACAGCUUUCAGGGUUUUCCGUUAGGUUCUAGUACCUGGUACCAGGUAGAGCAGGGCGAUAUGGCCAAAAAUAUUUAUCACGAUAUAUAUUUGAAAAUUUGCGAUAACGAUAUAACUGACUAUAUAAUUGA